UGCAGUGAGAGAUUGAUCACCGACUCGCGAGUGACAGACAGCCUUCGUUGAGAGUCAACGAAGAUCGUAUUUCGUUAUACUCGUGUGUGUAUGAAUUUGGAACUGCGCCGUUCAUACACAGCUGGAACCUGGCAGCACAGGAUCUCCUGAAUCAGAAACCGGAAUGUGUGCUGGCCUUUGGCGUUGUUAGUCAGCUUGCCAGGGUCUAAUUAUAUUGGUCGGGCUGGGCCAGGUUAUAACUUAACCAGCAACUAUCACCAGACAGCCGAAGGAAACCGAUGAUGUCCCAUGAAGAUAUCAUGCUGACUAUCACUUUCCGUGGAACAUCACACCCCCUCUCUCUCCCGAACGACGCCCCCGUCUCUACUCUCCACGCCCGUCUCGAGGCCCUCACUUCUGUUCCGCCAUCAUUGCAGAAACUCAUUUAUCGAGGGAAGAAAAUCCAGCAUCGACAGGAUGACUCCGACCCCGAACCCACCAUCGCUCAAGCUGGUCUUCGCGAUGGUAUCAAAGUGCAAAUGCUUGGCUCGACUGCGGAAGAACUCGAACAACUGAAUGCAGCUGACUCGGCGCAUCAGAGGAAAGAGCGAAUUCUCAAAGAGAGAGCGCUGAAGCCGCAAGUAAAGCUUCGUUCGACAGGGUCGUCGUCUACCUCAUCACACCAGUACCGCUUUCACCGCAUAGAGCCACUUGCUCAUCUCCCGCAACCUGAAACUGCGAUGGAGUGUUUCACAACGCUUUCCAAGGACCCUGCAGUCCUACAUGUCAUGCAGAAGCAUCGUUUUUCCGUGGGCCUGCUUACCGAGCUUGCACCACAUGAGCACCCCGGACUUCUUGGUCUUAAUGUCGGAAGUGGAGACACCAUCAAGCUGCGAAUUCGGCUUGAUACAUAUGACGGGUUUCGUCCGUACUUGGAAGUGAGGCGCGUGUUAUGCCAUGAACUGGCACACAAUAUAUGGGGCGAACAUAACGAUGACUUCAAGGAACUGAAUUCUCAGCUCAAUCGUGAGGUUGCAGAAUUUGAGGCUGCAGCGGGAGGAGGAACGCAUUAUCUGUCUGAUUUACGAGACACCUAUCAACCAUCGUCAAAUGAAGAAGCGGAGGCGCUCAUUCAUGUCCUGGGAGGCACAGGUCUUCGAGGCAAUGAUACCGUAGAAGACCGGCGGAAAAGGGCGCUGGAAGCUGCCACUGCGCGCCUUAAGAAUGAAGAAGAACUAGAACGGAGCUGCGGGACUUCUGGACCGCAGAAGCAAUGUGGAUGACAAUUAUGAUUUACUUCUUAGUUAGGACUAUAAGCUUUCGUCUCCACCCAAAGCCUCUGUUGAGAGAAUGACAGUCUUCCAUCACCACCCAAUGAAUUGCAAGGUGAUCUUGUCGUAUCGGGCAUUCUUUUUGACAACAUAGACAUUCUCUUGCUUGACGUAUAGAUGGGGUCUGACGCUGUUCGCAU